AUGGCGACAUAUCCAAGUGAUUAUCAGUCUUACAAUUAUCAUCAUAAUUCUACCCAUGAUACUGAACCUUGGAAUUAUGUUUAUGUACAAGAAGAAGAAGAAUUAGAAGAACAUAAAAGUGAUGAUGAAGAGUUGGAUCAAUUACGACAAGCAGCACUGCAAACAUUACAAAAUAAAAAAAAGAACCAUCCAUCCAUAUUGUCAUCUCGCAAAUAUUCACGUCAUUAUUAUUCUCGAAGUCGUUCUUGCUCAUCAAUUUCUUCGUCUGGCACUUCUUGUUCCACAUCAUCUGAUUCGCGUUCUUCGUAUACUUCACGUUCCAGUUCAAGAUCAACUUAUCAUCACGGCAAAGAUCGUGAUUAUCGUUUUGAUCCUCCAGCAAGUGGUGUCCAAAUGAAUGAUUCUGCAAAUGAUGUUGAUGAGAGAGAAUUUAAACAAUCAGAUUACCUUCAAGGAACAGAAUUUAUUAGUGACGAUGAAGAUGGCGUACAACCACGACAACAAAUUGUAUUAACAGAACAACCUCAUGUUCAAGAUGAUACAUUCAUUUUACAUUGUCAAAUACAACAAGAUGAAGAUUUAUUGUUAGAUGAUACACAACAACAACAACAACAACAUUACUCAAACGAUCGUCAUCGUACUCGUCCAUCUUCUGCUCGUUCAAAAGAUGAAAAACCACAACCUUCGCAGACGGCAUCUUUGUUAUCCGACUCCACGCCUACUGCUGUCACUGUUCAUAUUAAUUCAUCUAAUUUCGAUUUACGUCAAUUAAUAAAAAAUCGUCAUCGUCCAAUCACUCCUCUACCUUCAGAAGAAAUUCAACAAGUUGAAUCAACACCGUCAUCUGAUCGAUUAGUUCAAAUAAUUCCUACAAGAAAAUCGAUCUCAGUUGAAGUAAAUAACAAUAAACGUAAACGGUCUGUUCAUGAACGAUUAUCAUCAUCGUCUACUUUAACGACUAAGCGAAAAUAG